CCUGCUCAUUCCUUCCGUCGCUAGUACCGUUACAAAGGCCACUAGACUCUCCGAUGGCACGCUGGUAGCCUUGAAACUGCUACAAAACCCGCAGCAAGCUCAACAGAAGAGCGGUGAACUGAGAAAGGACGGCAUGCUAACGACCACGGCGAGGGAGAUCAAGAACCUGAAAAUGCUGAAUCACGAGAACAUUGUGCCUCUGCUAGAAAUGAUCGUCGAGCGCAAGGCCGGUGACGCCGAGGCCAACAUCUUCCUGGUGUUUCCGUAUAUGGAGCACGAUCUUUGCGGUUAUAUCCAUUCAACAGAGUCGGUCUUGACUGUGCAGAACCUGAAGGUGUUUGCGGGCCAGAUGCUCGAUGGCUUGGCGGAAAUGCAUAGAAACAAGAUUGUUCACCGGGACCUCAAAACUGCGAACAUCCUGAUCAACAACAGGGGUCUGCUCCAGAUUGCAGACUUCGGUCUUUCACGUGCGCUAUCCUCAGAUCGGCCCUCCUUCACAUCCGACGAUGCACAUUAUACCAAUAUGGUAGUCACUCGGUGGUACCGAGCACCCGAGCUGUUGGUUGGCGAAACCAUGUAUGGUCCGGAAGUUGACAUGUGGAGUAUAGGAUGUAUCCUCGCCGAGAUGUUUACGGGCAAGGUAUUCAUCAUGGGGAAAUCAAACUCGCAUCAGUUGUUGCGCAUCUUCUACCUGAUUGGCCCUCCCAAACACGGAGCGUGGGAACGAUUCGACUCGAUUCUGCAGUAUAACGAUGUUCAGGAAGAUGAUCCGAGCUUUACCCGCAAGAGCAUCAAGGUCCAGGAGAUUGUGCAGCAGGCUCACCAAGGAUUUAACAAUACCGACACGGCCAACUGGAAUCUUUUCAAGGCCGAGCGAGAGCUAGAAGCUCUGAUCCGCUCUUUGCUGGAGCUCAACCCAGGCAAACGGCCGACCGCACUUGAUGCACGAUCCAGCCCAUUCUUUCAUUCGUCAUUGGGCUAUUCUCGUGAUAUGAUCGCGCCUCUCAGGCAGGACUCCAGAGAAAGCGGCUCCAUGGCUCGGAACGCCAUGAGCAAGCAGAUGCGCGAUGACAUCUCUGUCGAUCCGUUCCACACAUUCGGGCAGCCACCACCGAUGGCUGCUCCUGCUUACCCUCCUGCGGGGCAGAACGUCGGAUCAUAUCAGGCCAUGGUCAACAACAUUCAGGUUGUCAACAACGCCGCUGUCAACAACAUGUUUGCGGCAAACGCCAACGCUAUGAUGCCAGCGGGCGGCAUGGGAAACCCUCCCAUGAUGGCUCGACCGAAUCUGUUGAACGUCUCGGGUAUGGCGUCUGCUCCGGUCGCCCAGAUGCCCGGAGCCGGCCGUUUCAACAAUACUUCGAACCAUUCCACGCCCAACCGAGCCCCCCAAAUGUCUUUCAACCCUCCGCGAGGACCGCCUCAAAACAGGCCACCCAACAGUCUCCCAUACGGCAACAUGGUUCAACAAGGCCAGUAUCAGCAGGGUCCUUCGAUCAGACCUGGAGGCCCUUCAGGUUACGGCCAGCCCGCGUUCGCGCAGAACAGUGCACGAUUACCAUAUGCAGCUCCGGUGCGGCCUUUACCUGGCUCUGGUUUCCUGCCACCGCGGCCAGGGCUCAUGAACGGCUCGAUGCAUCAAGCUCCGACCGCACCCAUGCCAGGACAACGUCCGCGAUAGAUUAGAGCGUGGGCAUGAUGAAACUAGACCUCGUGAUCAUACCAGCCGAUGAUCAUCACAUCGCUUUGCAUU